AGUAUUCCCCAGCUUUUUAUACUUAAAGUAUUUUUCCAGCUCUGUAUCAGAGGAAAGCUGAGGAAGUUGUAGCUUGGCUUUCUGGGUGAAGCUGGCAUGCAGAGCACAGUGGCACAGUGAGUUAAUGUGCCUCAUCUGUUGCUCACCCCAUUACCUUCCUGCUGUGGGGGGAGCAGCAUGCUUUGCCAACAGUUCAGAAGCUGGCAGAUGAAGGUGGUAUCUUGUCUUUGAGAAGCUGCAGUUAGAAGGAACACAGCAGUGCCAGGGCUGGGUUUAGGGGACAUGCUUUUUAUUGACAUCCCUCAUCCCUUGUGCUGCUUGCUUUCCUUGCUUCAGCUCCCUCUUCUCCCCUUGUCUCUAAAAGCCCCUGGAUAAAACCUGUAAGUAAUGAUUGUGCAGAAGGGAGGUGUACAGCACCUGAAGAUUGUGAUCAUCGAACAGGGCAUUGCUUUAGUAAAACAGGAUCUUCCCAAGCCUUGGUAAGGUUGAGAGGUGGUGGAAAAGCUUCAUUCACUGGGAGGUGAAAAGAAAUCUUAACCUGUAAGCAGCAGGAUGAGGUGUACACACUCCACCCAGAUACAGAAUGGUAUGGAAAUGAGAAAGGUUGUGUGGGUGGGUUCUGUGUGCAUGGAGCAUCUUUAGGGCUUACUGCUUUGCAUACAGGUAGUGGAGUGUGUGAGAGUCAGUGGGCUCAGCAGUGCUCAGAUGUGUGCCCAUGUUUGUGUCCAGAACUGCACUGGGUGAGCCACAGUUGGGCACCUUAUGAACUCUGGCCCUGAGCCAGAGCUGUGAGCAGAGAGCAGUGAGCUCAGCCCUGCAGGGACAGUAGGACUGGGUCAUCCAGCAGCUAGCUGCCUGCUGAGCAGGGCACAACCCCUGCCAUUGUGACACAGAAUGACUCCCGGAGCGUUUCUAUGCAGCCAUAUCUGUUCUCCACUUGCUUUGGGUUCCUUUCAAGCUGCUUGGCUCCCAUGUGUUUUAAUCUGGCCAUGGUUUGGAGAAAAGAGAACUGCUUAUCUGUAAUUUUUGUUCUCUAAAGAUGGCUUCAUGGUUAUUUCUGCCCCCACACAAACCUUGCCUUCAAAUAAUCGGUUGUUUUUCAGAUAAAGGUUAAUUGGGACUCCUUAGUAUCUUUCUGGUUUGCUGUUAAACUGACUUACUCUGGCGUUUAGCUAGGCAAGUGAGCUUAAGUGAAGCUGCAGGCCCUGCUCUAAGGGUCUGUGGCUCUGAUACUAAACUUGUGGGACUUCCAUUCCAGCUCUGGUCAGAAGCUCGUGGCUCAGAAACGACAUCCUUAAGUUCGGGUGUAUUUGAGAGAACAGGAAUUACAGAUAGACUCCAAGAAAGCGCCGUGGAGGAUCAGCUAACUCUAGGCAAGCUCAGAAACGAAGCAGGCUGAUAGCUUCUACCACAGAGAUGGCUUCAGAAGGAGAGCCAAUAGAACUGGAAGAAAGUGCUGGUGAAGAAGUAGUAGAUCUCACGUGUGAAUCUUCUGAUCCUGUAGUAGUUGAUCUAACUCACAAUGAUUCUGUUGUGAUUGUUGAAGAGAAUCAGCAGCGGAGGAGAAAUCUCAGAUUAAGAGGCCAGCGGCAGUCAGACAGCUGUGUGCUCAGCAGCGAUGAUGAAGAUGAAACAAGAGAUAAUGAUGUGUAUGUGACAGAUAAAGUGUCUCGAGAGCUGGGACCACUGGAGGAUGAAACUGCAAGCUCCAAGCCUUCUGGUACUGUUAGCUGUCCAAUUUGCAUGGAUGGCUACUCGGAGAUCGUGCAAAGUGGACGACUUAUUGUGUCAACCAAAUGUGGCCAUGUCUUCUGUAGUCAGUGCCUCCGCGACUCUCUUAGGAACGCCAACUCCUGCCCGACUUGUAGGAAAAAGCUCACUCAUAGACAGUACCAUCCGAUUUAUAUAUGAGUACUUACAUUCCUCAGGACAGAUUCAACUGGAUUUUGGGGAAAAAUGUCAUGUUUCCAAUUCUCUGAAGAUUUGAGGAGCAGCAGGUUGUGCACACGUCCAAAUAAAACUGAUUUUUUUGAGAAUAACUUGAGGAAAUAACUUUCCUUCUACUUUUUUAAUGCCUGAAUAAGAGGGGUCUGAAUAUUUUGUUAUUUCUUAUUCUUGAAAUUAUUCCCACAGUUCUGUACAGAUAUGAAAUAGUUACCUUUCAAACAGAUGAACAAUUUGCCAUUUCAUUACGCUUUUAUUUUUAUCCUGAAACAUGCUCUUAUGUAUUGCUUUCUGCUAAAUCAUCUUUGCCCAGAUAGAAUAAGUUCUGUAACAGUGGAUCAUUUCAUCAUUGACUAAAUUGACAUCCAGGACAAUGCAAUAAAUUAACCUGCUGUUAACCAGCAAUCAGAUGGUUGGUUUUCUUUAAGCAGGCAGCUUGAACAUGUAGAUGUCUUCAUGGACUCCAUGAGAUCUGGAACACAUAGCCCAAUUUGCAGCAUGUACAAUGUGAGAAUACUGCCAGGAAUUCCUGUAUUUGAAUCACAACACUGAAUUUAUUUUCUGUUUUCUAAUGUGAUGAGAUGGUCUCUUGGGUUUCCUGCAGUUCUGCAGAGCUCUGUCUCCUUAUGGCUGAGGAGAAGGUAGUAUCCUCUAGGCUUGCUAGUGAUGAAUGAGAAGCAAAUUGUAUGCUUUGCUCUUGUCAGCUGAAUACCCAACCACCUAGGCAGAUCUUUUUACUGUAUCAAGUGUACCCAGUGCAAUGCUUCAAAUUCAGUCCAUUCCCUUCGUUGCUCUCUUCAGUUGCUGUACUGACACACCUGACUGGUUUUAGCCUGAUGCACAGGAUUAAGGUUUGAAUAAUUGUAAUGCUAUAAAUUGAGAGGGAUGAGGAACUUUAUUUAAUCUCUUUGCUCUAAAGGCCGUGCAUCCUUCUUUGUGUGCGUGAUGCUGAGAGAUGUGAGCUCCCUGUCCUGGGAGAGAGCUCUUCUGUUGGAACAAGGCAGGAAUGCACAGCUUUAGGCACUGUUGUCUGGUUACUAUUUUUUUUUUUCCAGAGCAGAGUUAAAAAUAUCUACUUUAAACCAGCUGAAAUCUGCAGGCUGAUGUGAAAUUCCAGAUAAGCUGAUGCAAGUAGGAUAAUAAGCAAGAUAAUUAAAACUGGUAUUUUAUGAUAUAUGCUGUAGCCGCAUCUGUGAAUACUGAAAUUCAGUAUGUGAAGUAAAUCCAGAAUGAGACUGUCAGUACCUCUUGGAAAACUGUUGGUAAUGAAAAACCUUAGAAGUAGCAUUCUGGGCUCUGGGCACAAUGUGACUGUGGGAUGUGUUCAGUUAGCAGUGGAUCUGAUGCUUCUUUGCUGACUUGUCCUAAGGAUCGGUAGGAAGCCUUUAAUUAAACCAGCUCUUUUAAUUAGCCAUCUGAAGUUCUCAAUUGAAGAUUGCAUCCAAAGAGCCAAGUUUCUUGUUAGGAUGUCGAGGGGCGUUACUGGGUGUAAUGAAGCAUCCCAAACUGUGUUGAGUAAAGGCCAGCUGCAGAACAGCGAUACCUUCCCCAGCAUGUUUUGGGGAAGCUUGGGUUUGGCCCUGCUACCAGCAAAAUGCAGGUCCUGCACUGUGGCAAUACUGUAACUACCAAGAAGUUACACUUCUCUCGUUCCUUUGUGCCUCCAUGGCAACAUGAACUCGUAAGUGAAGGAAUAAAGCAGGCUUAGGGCAGCGCAGCGACAGUGAGGGCUGGAAGUUCUGAUCCGAAAAGGGUGGAAUGAUGAAACAGUCCUAAAGGUGACUUAAAAUACGAAUGAAGAGAAGAAGCAGCCCAACAUUAAACUGUGAAAAUAUUUAAAGGUCGUGAAGGGGGAAAGAACUUCAGGCCAGUUUUCCCUGGGUGGCUGCUGCGUUGGAAGGCUGGUAAUGAGAGAGUUUAAUGGAUUACCUCCGGGUGAGGCUGCGUCACAUCCAUGCAGCUUCCAUAGUUACUAGCUGUAGCCUGACAUGACUUUGCACAACUCCCUCUGUGUAAAUACCACUUUAUAGCUUGUGCUUCAGUAGCCCUAAUUGGAAUUUAGAUACCCAAACUAUAAAAUAUUUAACAAAAAGGGUUUGUUUGUUUUUUUUUUUUUUAGCUUUUGUGUACCCUGUGAAGUGCCACAAAUCUGUACAUCUUAAACUUUAAGGUCUCAGUAUGUGGACAAAUGCUAACUUGCAUUUUCCUCUUUUUGUUAAAAAGAAAAAGGAAACCCCAAUAUAUUUGCGUUCCAGUGAUGUUUCACAUUGGCAAGAGCUGAUAGAUAAUAUAAAGACUUUUUCCAUUCUGUAAAUGUAUGCCUCGUUGUAUAUAGUUCGAUUUUUCCUGUAUUUAAUUGUAUUCAUGUCUGUAUGUCACAUCUGUGUUGGACUCUGCUGGUAAGAAACAGCUCUUUCAACAGGUGGAAAUAAAAAAUAAUUUGCUCAAUUAA